AACGGGUUCACUGCUGACAAACUCGAAGUCAUAUUAUAGGAACUACUGUAAGCACUGAACGGGUAACCAUAUGUUUCAACAGUUGACCAUAUUAUGGUAUUUACGGUAGUCAACUUGCGCGUCUCUUGUUGUUUUCUGCGGUUCCCCCCUAUCUGAGUCCAGAUGCAUUUUCACCAUCGAGAGCAGCAUCACCACAUCCAACUAGGUCCAAAUAAAGCAUCACUGAAAUGUGAACGGUAGCAGUCUUGUCUAUAUGUGAGGAGAUACGGGAAGACAACUCCAUCGGUCUUUUAAAAGGAAUCUCAGCCCGAUGUGAUGUUGGAGUGGUGAGCAUUUCUCCAAAGCCGCAGGGAAUGUCAAACGUCAACAUCUGCAGAUGGAAAACAGUGUAACAGGCGUGCAGCGAAAACUGAAUCGUCACCAUCUGGCAAAAUAAGGCUUUAAUCCGCCUGGCUCUUUUUUAUGUGUGAAAUUGCCACCAUGCCGCAAGUGUUUGGAUUGUCUUUACCACUGCGCAUGUGGCUUCGCUCAGAGGAUGGCACCAGCUCUCUCGUGGUCUUUGCUGGUGAUGCUCAGAUUGAAGACCGACACAGCAAGUGAAGUGCACCAUUGUUGUGGCUGCUGAAAUCGUUUGGAGCACAUCUUUCUGCAGAUUUACCUGCGCACCUUUCGCGUGUGGCGUCUGGGCACAGUUAGUCCACUGGGCACCUGCGAAAUAUUCGUGAAUUGUGUAGAGACAAAAACAAUAGGCUGCACCAAUCAUUUUUAACAUGGAGGAAGGCAAUACCAACGAAUCGGUGCCGGAUCUGAAAGACCUGGAGACGAAGAUAGGGAGGAAAACCCCCGAGGGUCUGCUGAAGUGGAUGCGGGAAGACGCGGCGCACCGCGGGGAGCCCAAGAUACACACCCCGGAGUGCAUAGAGAGAGACCCCGCCAGGAAAAGCCUUGACGACAAGAUAAAGAAACUGAGGACAGAUAUGGCGCACCUGCGCUCGGUGGACGUGCGCAUCCUGCAGCAGCUGCUGGCGGUGCACGAGGGAAUCGAGGCGGUCAAGUGGCUGCUGGACGAGCGCAGCACCCUGACCAGCCGCUGCAGCAGCCUGACCAGCAGCCAGUACAGCCUGGCCGACGGCCUGGGGGGCCCCGAAGCGGGGGGGCUCAGCUCCUGGCGCGGCAGCUGGGGCAGCCUGCACGACCCCCACGACCGGCUCGACAACAUCUCCAUCGGCAGCUACCUGGACACCCUGGCCGACGACAUGGACGAGUACGGUUGUGCGUCCACCUCGGAGUCCACGGCUGUGGUGCUUUGCUCGGCUGCCAGUGGAGCAGACACACCGCAGGGUCCAACGCAGACAUCAGCCACACCGUCCUCCCCAUCCACUACUACAAUGCGGACCAGUGCAGGCACGGUGGGAGUGGGGGUUAACUCGAGCUCAGGCCGCGGCUCUCCUGUGGUCAAGCAGCCGGAGGCCACCAAGGAGGACGUGUGGACCAGGGGCACGGACACAACUGGUACAGCUGGCAACGGCACUGGUACUGGCACUGGCACAUCCAAAGACCCCAAGUUCACCCCAAACCACACGCCGUCCCCGCACAAGUCCAAUGGGGUGCUGGACAAGGUGCUUCGGCCGGGGGUGGAGGGGGUGUGCGAAUCGGCGCGGGCCUGCCUGGUGGAGAAGCUGGGGCACAAGAGCCACAGCCAGAGCCAGAGCCCAAGUCACAGCCAGGGUCACAGCCAGAGCCAGAGCCCAAGUCACAGCCAGGGUCACAACCAGAGUCACAGCCAGAAUCAGAGCCAGAGCCCUGCCAAGGCCAAGACCUACCAGAACGGCCGCGUGGUGGAGCUGGACACCUGCAAGCAGAACGGCAGGAUGCACCUGGAGUACGACGCUCACUGGCGCUGGGUGCAGUCUCAGGACGACGUCACCUUCCUGUGACCCCUGUGUUCAGGGACAGGGCAAAGGUCACUGCAGAGUGGCGAUGUGGGAGGGGGAGAACGAUGUCUGCACUUCAGCCUCUGUGGUGCUCGCGGUGGAGGACUUGAGAAUCAGGAAAGACUGGACUACUUCUCAUUGACUAUAGACCAGGGAUGUUUCUUUGGAGACGCAGGUGCAUCGAAGCGUCAGUCACGCACCAAAAAAAAGAACUUAACUUAUUCUAAAAGAGUGCUCCUGUCAUCCCUGGGCCUAGUUGAAGAGUGGCAGGUGUGGACAUGUAUGGGACAGGUGUGGAUCUGAUGGAUGUGGACAGUGUACCAUAUCCAGUAGAUUAGGUGUUGAAUUGGACCUAUGGUGGUGGCUAGCAAGCUUUGUUUUUAAAUUUCUCCCCAAAAUAAUGUUCCAGGUGUUUACAUGUCUGUGCCUGCAUGGGUGUUCCAAUGUAACCGAAUGUGCUGUUUUAACGUCUCUGGAAACCAUUUCUCGAAAGCCUCGUUGCUAACCAAUUAGCAACUUACUUGGUUUCCAAUGGGAAAUUGUAUCGCAACCAAAUAAGUUCCUACCUUGGUUAGCAACGAUGUUGUCGAGAAAUGCACCCCUGGACUGAAUCCAGAUCCAAAUGUGCCACUUUACAGUCUCCACGAUGAUGUCAGUGUCAAAGCUCCAAUCAGAGACGAGCUACAUGAAUGAAUACCCUUUUAUCCUAUGCAUUGUCUAUUUCUGCUCUGAUUGCUCCAAAUAGGCUCCUCAACCCAAAGACUCAUGGGUAGAUGUGUAGCUGAAAGAGAGUCUAUACACAAUACAUUUCACAGUGUUAAUUAAGCACUUGGAGUAGGAUCCUAUGAGUGUUAUUAUCAACUCCCGCAUUGUUGAAUCAACACUACACAAUGUUCUGUCUUUAGGUCUUUUUCCUCAAGAGACAUUUUGGUUAGGCUCUACCUGUAGGAGUCUCUGGGUGAGCUGCUUGCUGCGUAGUGUAACACAUGGUUAGCAGUGAUGGGCAAAAUAGAUUCAUUCCUUUACAGUCCAGGGCCACAUAUUCCAAAUGACCUUGUUUUAGCCGUCUAAUUUAACCAGGUGAUCAUUCAACCAGCCAAUCACUUGGCUGAAUUGGACAAGUAAAACCAAGUCAUUUGGAAUAUGCUGCACAGGAUUUUAAUUUAUCAAUCCAUUUUGGCUAUCACCAAUGGUUAGAGAGUGGACCAAAGCAUUUUGCUUAAACAAUCCCUUAUGUUCAAAGUGACGGCUAAGUAUUUUUGUAGUCAAACAGUUUCUAGAAGAGUAUUAACAACACCUAUCAGAGCAGUGUCCCUAGUCUCUUGUGCGUGUGUGUGUGUGUGUGUGUGUGUGUGUGUGUGUGUGUGUGUGUGUGUGUGUGUGUGUGCACGCGUGUGUGUUUGUGUGAAACCCCCUUUGUACAAUCCUCGAGAGUCUGUGGCACUGUCUUGCGCUCAGUGGAAUCUACUUCUGAUUAUGCACUUAGGAUAUGUGUGGCUGCUCCUUUUCCCGUAAAUGCCUAUUAAUUAUACAUAAUCAAAAUCUAUGGCAAUACCCGUGUGUGUGUGUGUGUGCUUGCGCGUGCGUGUGUGUGUUUAUGUGUGUGUGUGUGCUCGCGUGCAUGCACGUGUGUUUUAUGUGUGUGAUGUACGUGCGCGUGCGUGCGUGCGUGCGUGCGUGUGACAUAUGUGUAUGUGUACAGUGCUAAAACGAAAUGCAUGACUGUCUGCACAAACUGAGCUGUAACACUAUAACCUGAUUUACAUAAUCUGGCUGCGUUCGGCUACGUCACGCGGGGCCGUUCCUAUGCGAGAGCAUAUCAGAUGGCAAGAGUCAGGUAAGUAACACUAGUGGAAGUGAUGUAACCCACUGUGAUUGGCCAAAUAAGACACAAAUAAAAAUCAAAUAAACACAAAUGAAAUAAUCUCAUAUCUUUGAAUUCGUUUUGGCGGGAAGAUAAUCAUCUGGGCCCUUGGCUGGUGGGGGUAAGACUCACAGCCAGCCAUGUGGACAGGACUGGACUGCCGGUGAGGAUGGUGAUGGUGACGUUUUUUUCA